AUGACAGGACAGAUCCUCGCGUCCUUGACCGUAAUGGCGGCUUAUCUCGCGGUGACUGUCGCGGGUAUCGAGAUGGACCCCGAAAUGGCUGAACUGGCGCGUAUGGUGCGCGAUAACUGUGCAGGGGAAACAGGGGUAGACAUUUCGUUAGUGGAGAAGGUCAACGGUGGAGCGGACUUAAUGCUGGACGCGAAGCUCAAAUGUUACAUCAAGUGUACGAUGGAGACGGCGGGCAUGAUGUCGGAGGGCGAGGUGGACGUGGAGGCGGUACUGGCGAUGUUACCGCCCGAGAUGUCGGCGCACAACGCGCCCGCGCUACGAGCCUGCGGCACCCAGCGAGGGGCCGACGACUGCGAGACCGCCUACCUGACUCAAGUUUGCUGGCAGAGUUCGAACAAGGCAGAUUACUUUCUCAUAUAA